GUUAUCAGGUGUUGUUGUGGCAGAAACCAGCUUCCACAAACCUCAGAUGCAACAUGGCUCCUGCAGCAGAGGGUCCAGCCCUCCGGGGGCCCUCGGGCCAAUGCUGUGGGUCCACCCCGGACCCCACGUCGAGCACUCCGUCACAGCUGUCUCUGAUUGGCUGCGUACAGGUGUUCACGUGAACUCUGUGUGGGCCUUGAAGCCGCGAGAGAAAUGUGCUGAACAAGUUAGGCAGAACAAAGCCAGGACGCGUCAUGAGUCCGCCGCCAGGGUCGCAGGCUGCGUCACGUUAGAGGAGAAGCCGUCCUCGCGAGCUGCUCCAGGUGAUCCGCUCCAGUGUCCUGUGCGUGAUCCCUCCCGAGCUCACCAUGCCGAUUGACAUGGCUUUGCCCCUGUACCUGUCCAAAGAGGAGUUUGUCUACAGGACGUCUCCCACAACGUGCAAACCUGCCCUGAACUCCUGCCUGAGGUUUCAACACUCGCACCGCGUCGAUCAGACGGAGCCGGAGGACGGACGAGCCUCCAGGAGAGACUCGAGAAGAGCCAAGAAGCAGGUGACGUUUGCUGAUCACAGAGGCCUGUCUCUAACCAGAGUGAAGACCUUCUCUCAGUUCAACGAUCCCAUCGAUAUUCCUCUGAACAUCCAGCAGAUGCUCAGCUCUGCUCUCUGUCUCACCGCUGAGGAGGACAGACUGGUGCUGGACUUCGCUCAGCCCUCCUCGGACUACCUGCGCUUCCGUCAGAGCCUGGAGAGGAACUGCGUCUGCCUGGAGCACUGCGUGCUGAAAGAGAAGGCGUUAGCGGGAACCGUUAAAGUCAAAAACGUGUCCUUCGAGAAGUCUGUGAAGCUGCGCGUGACCUUCGACACCUGGAAGAGCCACACAGACGCGGACUGCGUGUACGUGAAGGACACGUAUCCCAGCUCGUACAGCGACACCUUCUCCUUCGACGUGUCUCUGCCGGAUGAGCUGAGGCCUCACGAGCGCGUCGAGUUCGCCGUCUGUUACGAGGUGGGGGGGCGCGAGUACUGGGACAGCAACCAGGGGGACAACUACAGGAUCGUCUGGUCCUCCAUGAAGAGGAGCCGUCAGGACGCCUGCGGCCGCCACACAGACUCCUUUCGCUCUGGGAUUUAUUUCGACCGGUACAGCAGCCCCACCUGCUCACACUCGUUCUUCCCUGAUUGGCCGAGUUACGCGGGGUACGAGAACAGCGGCCCGUACUACUGAACGCGUUGUUUUAACGAGAGGACAGCCUUCGUUGGUGAAGCCUGUCACGCUGUUCUGCUGCACAGCACGCACACCUGCACACACUUUGCCGUUCUGAAUGCACAAUAUGGCACCUGCAUGAAUCACGGAGAUCUGGCUGUGUUUUUACCUGGGUUACCUCUACAUGUCAGCGUCUCCCUCCGCUGCUUGAGAAACCACUAAAACCACUAAUCGAUGAUCAAAAUAGUUGAAACCAGUACUUUUCUGCGGCUGGACUAACGGACGAACGGUUCGAGCUCCGCUCCUCGCCGGACGCCGCUCAGCCUGAAGCGGCGGUUUAAUGUUUGACAGGAGCUGUUGCUUCAGACGGUUUCUCAACACGUGGCACCUCAGGUUUAUCUGGUUUCUGUUUCACAAAAAGGCAAAACUCCACAUCAGCGUUUCCACACGUAGUUUCAACAAAUGAGUUUUAAAUUUUGUAUCUUUUCGGGUCAUUUUGGAAUAAAAUGUGUAAUUCAUGUUGCUUUAUUGUUAUUUUUAAAGAAGUGAACUAGUUUUAACUCAUUUUUACCACCGUGGGAAGCCUUCGUCCGAGCGACCUGACGCGUCCGGACCCGAGAGAGACGGCGUCUGUUCAGAACAGUCUGGUUGUCUGUCUUGGUGUCUGCACGCGCUCAGUGGCGAGUCCUCGGCUCUCAGGGAUGGCGUGUUGUGGAAUAUCAGUGUUGAAAAGUAAUUUAUGGAAUGCUGCUCAAUAAAGUCAUACAUUUUAAGUUCUUGUUAUUAAAUGUUUAAUUGUGAUGUGAAAGCAUACAAUCUGCUGUCUCUCAAACAUAAAAAUGGACAAUAAAUGAAAUAUUUUAAUAAUUCUA